AUGCCUUCUCAGGAAAGGAAAUGUAUGCUUUUGAGCUGCGCAUCACACAGCCAAAUGGAUUUAAGAAGAGCAACACCCUUUGUAGCUUGGAACCCGAAUAGAUUUAUAUCUCAGAUUUGCUUUAUGAUUAACCAUUCCUCCUGGGGGAGACCGUGUUGCCUCGGAAAAAGAGGAAAUCAGUAUGGAGCUGACUCUUGGGAAGCAAGCAGACCUGUUCAUUAUAAUAGAACAGCAACGAAAGAGUCAGGCUUCACAAAGGACUCUCUGCCAUCUCAAAAUACAAAAAUGAUUUCAUCUAUGCUUAUUUCAGAGAUGAUUGAUGAGGAUAAAUCAAAAGAAAAUGUGUCUGCUUUCCCUAUGCAGUCUGUAAUCAACCAGUCUGAUGCUUAUCACAUGAACCAAUCUUUGGCUAAUCAUAGCUCAGUCAACAUUAAUACAGCAUUCAUAUUGCUUCCCAGAAGAUUAGGAAUUCAGAUAUCUUCGGAUGACAAUAAAGUUCAACCCGACUCUUACAGCAAAGAGGAAAAAGAAUGUCAUAACCAGAAGAAAGGAUUUGCUUCCAUCACAAUCACUGCUAGACGAGUAAUUCCACCUUGUAAGAAUAAAAUGCAGGGGAAUGUAUCUAGCUCUUCUUGCUUGAAAUGUCAGGGAAGUAAACUGCUCACGAAUAUUGUUUCUCCUUCAAAUGUAACUGGGUUAGAUCAGCUCUAUGGACCUUUGCAUGUUCAAGGAUGUUGUCAGAAUCCAAAUGCCACUGAAAAGAGAGUUUCCAAACCUUGUCCACAGCUGUGCAAGGGAAAAUCUUACGGCAUCACUAGUCCAGAAAACAGAGAGAACAGACUGGUUCCCCCUGGAAACAACCUUAACAAAGAAGCACAGAUUUCCUUCACUUCAAGUGUUCACCUCAGCAUUUCCCAGCAGUGCCCAAAUACAAUAUAUUAUGUAGACAAAUCUCUCUUAGUGCCUGUGGAUCAACCUCAGACUAAGAACCAAAAAAUUCAUAGGUCAGUAGUGUCUUUCAAUAUAAAUUGUAGUUCUCCCACUUUAACACCAGAUGGAGUGGAUGGUUUAGCUAAUGGAAAGCUAAUCACAGAUGUACUUAAGACAAAGCUCCCAGAGGAUAGCAAGACACCGCUCAAAGCCAUUUGGAAUGCAUAUCUCAAGGAGAAUAACUGGGUUAAAAAACAGACAUUGGAAACAGACUCUUUAGGGACUGAAUAUCUCUGGAAAGGUACCUCUCCAUCUGAAACUCUGUCAGUUGUGGAUAGCCCUCAAGGUCUUGAUAAUUUAAGGCCAACAAAGAGUAAUGAUGUAAAUUCAAGUGACAAUCACAUUACAUUGUCUCCCCAUAUUUCUCAUGGGACAUACAGCAAAGACACGCAAGCAUUCUCAGGAAGCAGCAGAAAACAGUGCACAAGAAACACAUACCAUGAAACUAUACCUGCCUCCUUUCUGCAGCAACCAUCCAAGAAAGUAUUCAUGGUGGAAGGUAGGAUUUCUUCAAAAGACAAACAUCGACCUAAGAACACUUCAGAGGCCAAAGAAAGUCAAGCCCAAUGCUUUCCGAAACCAGCAAAAUGUAUUUCUGAUUGUGGGUGCCAUAUCAAGUGUUCAAUGGUAUGGGAUGGAGAAGAUACUUACAGGGACGAUUCAUUACCCAAAGACGAUUACAAAUUCUGUGGCUCAGCUAUCAAACUGAAGAAGCAUAAGAAAAGUGUGAAGAUUGAGACGGUUGACAGGGUAACAACCUCCACGGCUCAUGAACCAGAUGUUCUUCAUGAGAAAUAUGAUGCCUUCCAGCAGCCAGAGGUCUGCUCUGAGCCUGAGAAAAUUCCUACAAACCCACUGACUCUCAGGGAGGCUCUGGAAGUUCACAAGCCUCACUUUAUUUCCCGCUCGCAAGAACGGAUGAAGAAACUUGAACACAUGGUACAAAUGAGGAAAGCCCAGCAGGGUGACGCUUCAGGAAAGAAACCAGAAGCUGUUCUUUCUCACAAACUCUCCUCAUCAUCCAUUACAAGUAAGAAGAAACAAUUUACAGUUCCUCAUCCUCUCAGUGAUAAUCUGUUCAAGCCAAAAGAACGGUACAUUUCAGAAAAGGAGAUGCAUAUGCGAUCGAAAAGGAUUUAUAAUAAUCUACCUGAAGUGAGGAAGAAACAGGAAGAGAAACAGAAACGGGUCAUUUUACAGAGCAAUAGGAUGCGGGUUGAAGUGUUCAAAAAGCAAUUACUGGACCAGCUUCUUCAAAGAAACACAGAAUGACUAAAGGUUCCUGAGCACAUAAUUCUUCUUGGGCCUUCAAUGCCUUUGAUUAAUUAAA